AUGUGGCAGCGUCAAAAACAGGACUGGAUCGAUCGAUCGACCAUUGCCUUCAACAAUUCGAAAAAUCGCGCCCAGCAGUCAACCGUAGACGCAUGGAAUAAUUCAAAGAGCCGCGCUCAGAGGUCCACCAUGGAAGCGUGGAACACUUCCAAGACACGCUGCCAACGCACGUCAAUGGGUGCCUGGCACAAGUCCGCCGACUCGUUGUCCAACUCCAAAGAUCGGGCUCAGCAGUCCGCCAGAGCGAUGGUGGAUCGGUCCGUUUCCAAAUGGAACCAGUCGGCGGAUCAAAUGCACCAAGCCAUCCGUGUACAACAAUCAGGGGACCGCCGCCAAACGCGACCGGGACAAACGAAAGAUAACACUUCGCCGCCAUCCUCGCCAGACUCAACAAGAUCUGGAUCACGAUUCUACGCCCAAGCAAACACCUCUACGGUGUCUUCUUCAGCUACCGCAGUUGAAGUAACCGUGCCCAAAACGCAAAUUAUACAGCCUACAUCAGUCGUCGACUCUUCACUUCCACCUAAAGAGCAAAUCGAUGCAUUGCACGACGCCGCUUCCGCCACCGACACCCUUGUGGAGCAGACCAAAAAAUUGCGGGAUGAGAGGUGCCAUGUUCUUGGGGAGAUCGAGCUCGACUGGAUCAAUUCCACUAUCGCUGAGGCCGAUCAAACAUCCACCGACUUGUCUACCUUUAUAGCACCAUUCUGGGCCGCCAAGUAUAAGGACACAGAAGCCGGUGCAUUGGAUCGCAAGAGUUGGACGCGCCGUGACAUCCAACGUGCCAUGAAGAAGGAAUCCCGCAUGCGCCAAGCCCACAGCAAAGUCGAAACUGUCUUCGGUCACCUUGCAUCGCUCCCCGCGGAGCUGAACAUCAGCAGUGUCGAGCUCAAAGACGUGGAAUCUCUGGCCUCACAUGGCAUCUCUGAACACCCAAUCACUCGAGUGGUCUCUGUGGCUGAGCUCCCGGGUGACUCGUCGCCUGUUAUGAAUCAUUACGCAGAGUUGCCUGCGCCAAUGAUGAUUCCAAAAAUCGUGAUAACACAGCAUGAAACCGAUGACCUCGAGUCUUCCUCUGUUGAUGGACGUAGUCCUCCCCCAAGCUACGAAGCAAUCGAAGCCGAUGGUAUUCAUGAAGUGCGAUGA